CCCCGCCAGGGCUAAGCCUACGGGUUGCUGGAAAGGCGGGGACUCCGCUCUCUUCAUCAACCUUCCAAGGGUGGUGAGAGUCCCCACCUCGGCCCCUGGAGGGACCGGUAGGACAGACCUAGAGCGACAGGAACCAGCAGGCACGUGCUGGGGCGGGUGCCUAGGUCUCUUCGCCUCCAGCCGGGACGCGCCCCGGCGCCGCCGAUGCCCAGCUGAGUCACAGGCCGGGCAGGGCGCGUGUGGGAAGGGGCGGAGCAGUCCGAGGGCGCUCGGCAGGGGUUCGGCCCGCGGGCCGCAGGUGACCCGGACGGCCUCGCCGCCGGCAGCUCCGGAGCCCUGGGUGACCUGGUGCAGAGCCAGAAGCGGGGCGGCCGCUGACUCGUCGGAGAAGGGCGGAGCGCGCGGGUGGUCCCGGCCCUCUGACUUCGCCGUCGCGCGCUCCGGGCACCUCAAGGAUGUUUAUGGAGAGAAACCAGACCAUUUAGCAGAGCGCCUGGCAUGUGAUCAACUUCUCACCAUGAAGGCUCCCACCGUGCUGGCAUGUGGCGUUCUGGUGCUGCUGUUGACCUUGGUGCAGAGGAGCCACGGCGAGUGCAAGGAGGCCCUAGCGAAGUCCGAGAUGAACCUAAACAUUAAGUAUCAGCUUCCCAACUUCACCGCAGAGACCCCCAUCCAGCAUGCCGUUCUAUACGGCCAUCAUAUUUACCUCGGAGCCACAAACCACAUUUAUGUUUUAGAUGAUGAAGACCUCCAGAAGGUGUCCGAGUACAAGACUGGGCCCGUGCUGGAACACCCAGACUGCUCUCCCUGUCAGGACUGCAGCAGCAAGGCCAAUUCAUCAGGGGGUGUCUGGAAGGACAACAUCAACAUGGCGCUGCUUGUUGACACCUACUAUGACGAUCAGCUCAUCAGCUGUGGCAGCGUCAGCCGAGGGACCUGCCAGCGGCACGUCCUUCCGCCCGACGAUGCUGCUGACAUCCAGGCCGAGGUUCACUGCAUGUUCUCCCCACAGGUAGAUGAAGAGUCGAGCCGGUGUCCUGACUGUGUAGUGAGUGCUCUGGGAGCCAAAGUCCUCCUGUCUGUAAAGGACCGUUUCAUCAAUUUCUUUGUGGGGAACACAAUCAAUUCUUCCUACCUGCCUGAUGGAUCGUUGCAUUCGAUAUCAGUAAGACGGCUGAAGGAAACGCAAGAUGGUUUCAAGUUUCUGACAGACCAGUCUUAUAUUGAUGUCUUACCUGAAUUUCGAGAUUCCUACCCCAUAAAGUACAUACAUGCCUUUGAAAGCGACCAUUUUAUUUACUUCUUGACUGUUCAAAAGGAAACCCUAGAUGCUCAGACGUUUCAUACGAGAAUAAUCAGGUUCUGUUCUGCAGACUCUGGGCUGCACUCCUACAUGGAAAUGCCUCUGGAGUGUAUUCUGACAGAAAAAAGAAGGAAGAGAUCCACGAGGAAUGAAGUGUUUAAUAUCCUCCAAGCUGCGUAUGUCAGUAAGCCCGGGCCCACCCUCGCUAAGCAAAUAGGAGCCAGCCCAAAUGAUGACAUUCUCUAUGGGGUGUUCGCACAAAGCAAGCCCGAUUCCACUGAACCCGUGAAUCGAUCGGCAGUCUGUGCAUUCCCCAUCAAAUAUGUCAAUGAGUUCUUCAACAAGAUUGUCAACAAAAACAACGUGAGGUGUCUUCAGCAUUUUUAUGGACCCAACCAUGAGCACUGUUUCAAUAGGACCCUGCUGAGAAAUUCAUCAGGCUGUGAAGUGCGCAGCAAUGAGUACCGGACGGAGUUUACCACGGCUUUGCAGCGUGUUGACUUAUUUGCCGGCCGGUUCAACCGAGUGCUCUUAACAUCCAUAUCCACCUUCAUCAAAGAUGACCUCACCAUAGCCAAUCUAGGGACAGCAGAAGGUCGCUUCAUCCAGGCCGUGCUCUCUCGAACCAUCGUCUCUUUCACUCCUCAUGUGAACUUCCUCCUGGAUUCCCAUCCGGUGUCUCCACAAGUUAUUGUGGAGCAUCCAUCAAACCAAGAUGGCUACACGUUGGUUAUCACAGGGAAGAAGAUCACCAAGAUUCCACUGAAUGGCUUGGGCUGUGGACAUUUCCAGUCCUGCAGUCAGUGUCUUUCAGCCCCUUCCUUUGUCCAGUGUGGGUGGUGCCACGAUCAAUGUGUGAAUUCCGAUGAAUGUCCCAACGGCACAUGGACCCAAGAGAUCUGCCUGCCAACAAUUUAUAAGGUGUUCCCGACUAGUGCGCCCCUUGAAGGAGGAACAAUGCUGACCAUAUGUGGCUGGGACUUUGGAUUCAAGAAGAAUAGUAAAUUUGAUUUAAGGAAAACCAAAGUUCUGCUUGGCAAUGAGAGCUGUACCUUGACCUUAAGUGAGAGCACGGCAAAUACGUUGAAGUGCACAGUUGGCCCUGCGAUGAGUGAGCACUUCAAUGUGUCUGUAAUCAUCUCAAACAGCCGAGAGACAACACAGUACAGGGCCUUUUCCUAUGUAGAUCCCGUAAUAACAAGUAUUUCUCCAAGUUAUGGCCCUCAGGCUGGAGGCACUUUACUCACCUUAACUGGAAAAUACCUAAACAGUGGGAAUUCUAGACACAUUUCAAUUGGUGGGAAAACAUGUACUUUAAAAAGUGUAUCAGAUGAUAUUCUUGAAUGCUAUACCCCCGCCCAAUCCAUCUCUGCUGAGUUCCCCGUGAAGUUGAAAAUUGACCUAGCUAACCGAGAGACAAGCAGCUUCCAUUACCGAGAAGACCCUAUUGUCUAUGAGAUCCACCCGACCAGAUCUUUUAUUAGUGGCGGGAGCACAAUAACGGGCAUUGGAAAAAACCUGAAUUCAGUUAGCAUCCCAAAGCUGGCAAUAAGUGUGCAUGACGUGGGAAUGAACUACACGGUGGCUUGUGAGCAUCGCUCUAAUUCAGAGAUCAUCUGCUGCACCACUCCUUCACUGGAACAGCUGGGCCUGCAACUCCCCCUGAAGACCAAAGCCUCCUUCCUGUUAGACGGGGUCUUUUCCAAACACUUUGAUCUCACUUAUGUGCAUAAUCCUAUGUUUAAGCCUUUUGAAAAGCCAGUGGUGAUCUCAAUGGGCAAUGAAAAUGUACUAGAAAUUAAGGGAAAUUAUAUUGACCCUGAAGCAGUUCAAGGUGAAGUGUUAAAAGUUGGCAAUAAGAGCUGUGAGAACAUACACUGGCAUUCUGAAGCUGUUUUAUGUACAGUCCCAAAUGACCUGUUGAAACUGAACAGUGAGCUAAAUAUAGAGUGGAAGCAAGCAGUCUCUUCAACUGUCCUUGGAAAAGUGAUUGUUCAACCAGAUCAGAAUUUCACAGGAUUAAUCAUUGGUGUGGUCUCAGUAUCAGUAAUAGUUUUGUUAUUAUCUGGGCUCUUCCUGUGGCUGAUAAAAAGAAAAAAUAAAGAUCUGGGCAGUGAAUUAGUUCGCUAUGACGCAAGAGUACACACUCCUCAUUUGGAUAGGCUUGUAAGUGCCCGAAGUGUAAGUCCAACUACAGAGAUGGUUUCAAAUGAGUCCGUAGACUACAGAGCUACUUUUCCAGAAGACCAGUUUCCCAACUCCUCCCAGAAUGGAACGUGUAGACAAGUGCAAUAUCCUCUGUCAGAUCUGUCCCCCAUCCUAACUAGUGGAGACUCUGAUAUAUCCAGCCCAUUACUACAAAAUAGUGUUCACAUUGACCUCAGCGCUCUAAAUCCAGAGCUGGUCCAAGCAGUUCAGCAUGUCGUGAUUGGACCCAGUAGCCUGAUUGUGCAUUUCAAUGAAGUCAUAGGAAGAGGGCAUUUUGGCUGUGUCUAUCACGGGACUUUGUUGGACAGUGACGGCAAGAAAACUCACUGUGCCGUGAAGUCCUUGAACCGAAUCACGGAUAUAGAAGAAGUCUCCCAGUUUCUGACUGAGGGGAUCAUCAUGAAGGAUUUCAGUCACCCCAAUGUUCUCUCACUCUUGGGGAUCUGCCUGCGGAGUGAAGGGUCCCCUCUGGUGGUUCUGCCUUAUAUGAAACAUGGAGAUCUUCGCAACUUCAUUCGAAAUGAGACGCAUAACCCAACUGUAAAAGAUCUUAUAGGAUUUGGCCUUCAAGUAGCCAAAGGCAUGAAAUAUCUUGCCAGCAAAAAGUUUGUCCACAGAGACUUAGCUGCAAGAAACUGCAUGUUGGAUGAAAAAUUCACUGUCAAGGUUGCUGACUUCGGUCUUGCCAGAGACAUGUAUGAUAAAGAAUACUAUAGUGUCCACAACAAAACGGGCGCGAAGUUGCCGGUAAAGUGGAUGGCUCUGGAGAGUCUGCAGACACAGAAGUUCACCACCAAGUCAGACGUGUGGUCUUUUGGUGUGCUUCUCUGGGAGCUCAUGACGAGAGGAGCCCCUCCUUAUCCUGAUGUGAACACAUUUGAUAUCACCAUCUACUUGUUGCAAGGCAGAAGACUCUUGCAACCAGAAUACUGCCCGGACGCCUUGUAUGAAGUGAUGCUAAAAUGCUGGCAUCCCAAAGCUGAAAUGCGCCCGUCCUUUUCCGAACUGGUCUCCAGGAUAUCUUCAAUCUUCUCCACUUUCCUCGGGGAGCAUUAUGUCCACGUGAACGCUACUUAUGUGAACGUAAAAUCUGUUGCUCCGUAUCCUUCUCUGUUGCCAUCCCAAGACAACGUUGAUGAGGAUGUGAACACAUGAUGGACAGGAGGCCCACCAGCCCCCUUCCAAGAAACAGUAUUGGCCCAAACAACAGUCUAUAUACCUUCUCCCAACAGUUCUCACUGCCUGGCCUUUGAAAGGUCACCCAACAUUUCUGUUGUUAUUGUUUUGUUUUUGGGUUUUGGUGUUUGCUUUUGCCAAAACUACACCACUAUACCACACUAACUUGCUACUUUCAUUCCUGGAUUCUGAGGAAUUUCUCAUCUGACAAUGCAUCAGGAACAGCAGCAUGAUCCCCACAGGCUGGGGGCCAAUGGCAGCCUGCAGCUAUUACAACACUCCUGUCUCAUUAGAGUCCACAAUCUCAGUUCUGGGUUGAAGUUUUUUUUUUU